AUGGCACCUUCACGUAUUGAAACUGCCGACACUGUUACGCCUGUCCCACAAAAGUUACAAGAGCGAUCUCCCACUGGUGACUGGCGUGAUGAUUUCUUUCGGUAUGGCUACACUGUUAUCAAGAAUGCCCUAUCCAAAGAGCGUGCACAGCAAUAUCAAACCGACGCCUUGACUUGGCUGGAGUCAUUUGGGCUAGGCUUCGAUCGCAACGACAAGAGCACCUGGAAAAAGGAGAAUCUUCCUCAAAAUUGGAAAGGAGGGAUGUAUCUUCAUUUCUCUGCUGCGCAUGAGAAAUACAUUGACCCUGGCGUGAUAGAACCCUUUACCAAGCUCUGGGAAACCGAUGAGCUAGUGGUUUCCUUCGAUACUGUAAACAUCACCCUACCCCAGUCCAUUGUUGGUGAAUACGACUCAACCCCCUGGCCACACGUUGAUCAAGCCCCCAAACGCCGAGGCCUCCGCUGCGUCCAAGGAAUCGUCAACCUCUCUGAAGCAGGUCCUAAAGAUGGCGGCCUAGUGGUGAUGAAAAAAUCUGCUCCUCUCUUCAAUCAAUUCUUCGACGAAAACCCAGUCAAGGGCCCUACUCCCUGGCGAACGGCCAAGCAUGAAGACUUCCAUCCUUUUCAAGAGAAAGAUCUUGACUGGUACCGCUCACACGGAUGUGAACUGGUCAAAGUCUGUGCCGAGCCGGGAGACUUGAUUCUCUGGGAUUCGAGGCAGAUGCACUGGGCUCAAUUCGGCGAGUCGGAUCUUAUCCGGACCAUUGCAUAUGUGACCUACACCCCUGCGAAAUGGAUGUCAGAGGAAGAUCGCCUUCUGAAGAAAGAUCUGUUUGAGAAUUAUGAGACGACUACGCACUGGCCGCAUACGAAUCUUUUUUCCCAUGGAAAGGCUAAGGUUGAGGUUGAUGGGCAGGAAGUUGUUGAUCCUUUAGAGAGGGAUGAGCCAAUUACUAAGCCUAUCAAGACCGAGAAACUGCUCAAGUUGGCUGGGGCAUUGCCUUACUAG